AACGUUGAUACCCAAACAGCUGGAACACAUCUCCAUCGUCUUCCCUUUUAACUCCGUUUCCACCCCAUACAGAACCCAAGCAUUUGGUUUCCAGAACGAUGUCAAGCGAACAAGCUUCCCAAGACCAGCACCCACAAUACUAUCAACAAUCUUCUGGUGCAGGAAGCUUGGAGGGGAGUUAUGGUACUGUUGGGGAAGUAGGAUGGUAUAUUCUUGGUGAAAAUCAACAGCUCGUUGGACCUUAUGCAUCUUCUGAGCUGCGUGAGCAUUUCUCAAAUGGAUACAUCUCACAAAGUACAAUUAUAUGGUCAGAAGGAAGAACCGAAUGGCAACCAUUGUCAUCGAUACCUGAAUUAAUAUCAGGAAUUUCUGAACAGGGAACUGAUUCUACAAUAGCAGCACCUGUCAAAAAUGAUGUUGAGUUGGAGAAGUGGCAUGAAGUAAGAGAGGAGGUAAAGGGAAGCGAUUUUGAAAAAGGACCUCCUUUGAGCAAUAAAGAGCAAACUAAUCGUUCUUCUGCAGUGCUGUCCAAUGAUGGUGAGGCUGAGUUUGAGAGAUGGCAGAGGGAGAUUAUAGAGGCAGAGAUUGAGGCUGGACAGUUGAAAAAUGGGUCUCUUUCUAGCAGUGUUGGUGGUGACAUUGAUAUAGAUGAUCGCAGUGGAGUUCCAUCACCACCAGAUGGUGAGGAGGAAUUUACCGAUGAUGAUGGGACUACAUACAAGUGGGAUAGAAGUCUUAGAGUAUGGGUUCCUCAGUAUGGGGUAGAAGAAAUGACCUUCUCGAAAGAAGAGGAAGUUUUUCCAACUGCGAAUAUUGUGGAUGCCGCUUCAAAGGAAGAAGUUAAUGGUACUGAUGAAACUGUGGAGUCAAAACAUGAUGGAAAGAGGAAACGCGAGGACAUGGAAGCUGAUGAGAAGGACAAGCAAACAGAUAAACAGGACAAACAAUCUGAUAAGGAAGCCAAUAGAGUCCCUGAUAGUUGGUUUGAAUUAAAAGUCAACACACAUGUUUAUGUAACUGGGUUGCCUGAUGAUGUCACGGCUGAAGAAGUGGUUGAGGUAUUUUCCAAGUGUGGGAUAAUCAAAGAGGAUCCUGAAACAAAAAGGCCUCGUGUGAAGAUCUAUGUUGACAAAGAGAUGGGAAAAAUAAAGGGAGAUGCGCUAGUUACAUAUUUGAAGGAGCCAUCGGUUGAUUUGGCUAUACAAAUUUUGGAUGGGAUACCUUUACGUCCUGGCGGCAAAAUCCCUAUGACGGUCAGCCAGGCCAAGUUUGAGCAGAAGGGGGAUAGAUUUAUACCCAAAAAAGUAGAUAAAAAGAAGAAAAAGAAGCUAAAACAAGUCGAGGAGAAGAUACUUGGUUGGGGUGGCCUUGAUGAUGCGAAGGUGGCAAUUCCAGCUACUGUUGUCCUGCGUUACAUGUUUACUCCUCCUGAAAUGAGGGCUGAUGAGAAUUUACGUUCAGAACUGGAGUUGGAUGUUAAAGAGGAAUGCAUGAAGCUUGGUCCAGUUGAUUCAGUCAAGGUUUGUGAGAAUCAUCCCCAGGGUGUGGUGUUGGUAAAAUUCAAGGACAGGAAGGAUGCUCGAAAGUGCAUAGAAUUAAUGAAUGGGCGAUGGUUCGGUGGUAGACAGAUUCAUGCUAGUGAGGAUGAUGGGUUAGUUAAUCAUGCAUCGGUCCGGGAUUUUGAUGCUGAUGCUGAGAGACUCGAGCGAUUUGGAGCUGAACUUGAAGCCGACUAAGUUAAUAUUUACAUCACAAUGACACUGAAUGUAUGUUUUGGAUGCCAUAUUUUGUGUAUUAAUAAAACAUGGUUUUCUACAUAUUAAAUGGGAAGAUGAAAGCUUUUUAUGCAAUUCCCAGACAUAAAUUUUAGAGCAAGGGAUCAUGGAGAUGCUUCUUUUGAUUUUUUAGGCUUGGAUUGGGACGUAACAGUUUUGAACACGCUAACACAAUUACCGCUAAAUUAAAAGGCAUUGCCAUUGUUAAUGAUAGGGAUACUUUGGAGUACAUUUACUUUUUGAUUAGAGAUGACAAUUUAUUCUCU